AUGGCUAAACAAGAGGAAACGCCUCAAGAGAAGAAGGUUAUUCAAGGAGGACAGGCUGGGAAAAAUCUCGGCGAUGACUCUGCAGCUACUGCCACAGGACAAAUGUUCAAGCCACAAACUAUUGACAUGUACGAUAUGAGCCGUCAUGCGACAACUAUUCGAUUGUACACAACGAAAAUUAUACAUUUUCCUCAAUGUACACUGAAGAUGAGAGAUGUUCUUGACAUGGAUCCCGAAAAAGACAAAGUAUUCAUCCUUGAUAAUAUGCUUAUGGAACCAUCCAUACGACUAUUCUUCAAUGUUCGAGAGUGGAUAGACGAUUUCUAUUGGGACAGUAUGAAGUUGGCACUCUCUUACUACCCUAUGUCGAGAGUACAGAGAUUCAAAUACCGACUUUCACUACUCCGUUGCACGGUAUCUAGACAAAUGCCAGCUAAUAUUACGACACGAACAGUCACUGGAGAGGAUUCUAAAGGUCCUAUUAUGAUACUGCACGACAGAAAAGGAAACUUUAACUACAUAAACUACGGACCAAAAGAUGAUCACAGCAAAGAUGCCAUGGCUGGCACAACCCUGAUUGAACAGUCUGUCGUUUAUGGAGGUAGGAAAUGGUAG